ACUUUCACAAAUCUCCCGCCAAAAACAAGAGAACAGAAUAGAAUUUCAGGGGCGAUUCGACGAGGCUCGUUAUCGAAAUGUACGGAACUCAAUCAGAGAGCAUGAACACGAAAUCGAUGGACAAAAGCGACAUCACAGACAUUAUGGCCACAUACUUUCCCGAAAUCGAUUUAUUUUCUGAUGAAUCCAAGUGGAAGCUCAAGCUCACAUCUGACCUAGUCGCCUUCUUUUCUACUGAAGCUGGACAAUGUAUAGCAUCGCAGGUGAAGGAUGAUGAUGGACUAUUCAUUCUGCCGCUUGAUUUCCAACAGUUCCGAAAGAUGUGCAAACUUGAAAAAUUUUAUGCAACUUUAGAGGAAAAACCUAAAGUAGCUCUGUUAUGCAUGGGUGCUGCAAUUCACAAGAUUCUGUUUACCAUAUGGGAUAACAACAGGUUAGAGGAUGCUUCGAAGAUAAAUAUACGUCUGCACAACUACCCUGAAUCUAUGAUUGCUUUGAAGAACCUAAAAGUGGCUUAUAUUGAUAGGCUUGUAUCCGUGCGUGGUACUGUGGUAAAAGUUAGCACUGUCAGGCCUCUAGUAGUACAAAUGGAUUUUGCUUGUCCGAAGUGUGGAACCAGUAUUACACGUAACUUUCCUGACGGAAAAUUUUCACCACCACCAACUUGCAUUAUGCAUGGCUGCAAGAACAGAACUUUUAAUCCGAUUAGAUCUAGUGCUCGCCUCAUAGACUUUCAGAAAAUAAGACUUCAGGAGCUGCUGAAGUCUGAACAUCAUGAAGAUGGUCGGGUCCCUCGUACAUUAGAGUGUGAACUGGCAGAAGAUCUCGUGGAUGCAUGUAUCCCUGGGGACAUGGUGACAGUUACUGGUAUUAUAAGAGUGAUUAACAAUUAUAUGGAUAUUGGAGGAGGGAAAUCAAAAGGCAAGAAUCAAGGAUUAUACUAUUUGUAUCUAGAAGUAGUUUCAAUAAAAAAUUCCAAGUCACAACCUAUGCCUGAAGAUUUGCAAGAUACUAACACUGAUGCCAGAGUUACAGAGCUUUUUGAUUUAUUCUCGUUUUCUCCAAGGGAUCUAGAAUUUAUUGUAAAAUUCUCAGAGGAAAAUGGUUCGGAUAUCUUUCGUCAAAUACUUCAAUCUAUAUGCCCCUCCAUCUACGGACAUGAGCUUGUUAAAGCGGGGAUUACUUUAGCACUAUUUGGAGGUGUAAGAAAGCAUUCAAUGGACCAGAACAAGGUCCCUGUUAGAGGAGACAUCCAUGUCAUAAUUGUUGGUGAUCCUGGACUUGGCAAGAGCCAACUACUGCAAGCAGCAGCUGCCGUUUCUCCACGUGGUAUUUACGUUUGUGGUAAUGCCACCACUAAUGCUGGCCUCACAGUUGCUGUGGUGAAGGAUCCUAUGACAAGUGACUAUGCUUUUGAGGCUGGGGCCAUGGUACUAGCAGACCGCGGACUAUGCUGUAUCGAUGAGUUUGAUAAAAUGUCUGCAGAGCACCAGGCUCUACUAGAAGCUAUGGAGCAACAAUGCGUUUCCAUUGCAAAGGCUGGACUCGUUGCAAGUUUAUCAGCAAGAACAACUGUUUUAGCAGCAGCAAACCCUGUUGGCGGUCAUUACAACCGGGCAAAAACUGUGAAUGAAAAUUUGAAAAUGAGUGCCGCUCUACUCUCACGAUUUGAUUUGGUUUUCAUAUUACUGGAUAAACCUGAUGAACUACUGGAUAAGCGAGUGUCAGAGCACAUUAUGUCACUUCAUGCUGGCCAUGGAGAACAGUCACCAGCUGCAAAAAAACUAUGUACAGUAUCUCUGAGUGCUAGAGGCAUAGACAUGAGCGCAAAAGGUGGUUCUUUAGUUUCAAGAUUGAGACUUGACCCAAAGAAGGACAGCGAUUUUGUUCCAUUGCCUGGUCCACUUCUUCGUAAAUACAUUGCUUACGCAAGAAGUUAUAUCUUUCCUAGGAUGUCAAAAUCUGCAGCUGAAAUCUUGCAGAAGUUUUAUUUACAAUUGAGAGAUCAUAACACUUCUGCUGAUGGUACACCAAUAACAGCAAGGCAAUUAGAAAGCCUGGUAAGGCUGGCGGCUGCUCGAGCUAGACUGGAAUUAAGAGAAGAAAUAACUGCACAAGAUGCGUUGGAUGUCGUUGAGAUAAUGAAAGAAUCCUUGUACGAUAAGUAUGUUGAUGAGCAUGGUUUUGUGGAUUUCGGUCGGAGUGGGGGUAUGAGUCAACAGAAAGAAGCAAAACGAUUUUUAAGCGCCCUGAAUAAACAAUCAGAGUUGCAGCAAAAAGAUUGCUUUUCAAUAUCAGAAAUAUACAGUCUAGCAGAUAGGAUUGGAUUAAGAGUUCCGGAUAUCGAUACAUUUGUGGAUAAUUUGAACAGUAUUGGUUAUCUACUAAAGAAGGGGCCAAAGACAUAUCAGGUGCUAUCAUCAUCUUAUUCGCGAAGUCAAUCAUCAAGAUCGAAGGGCUAAGUUGUUCGGCACUAGAGAACAGCCACCUGGAAUAGGGAUCACUGGCAUGUGGAAUGGAAAUGUGUACGUGGUACGCCAUGCCUCAUUGUUCUUUGUGAUAAGAAAGAAUUUAUAUAGAUGUUUUCUUUAAUUCUGGACUGUUAGAAAUUGCCUAAUUACUGUGUUUGGAUGUAACAAAAGUUUCAGACUGUUAUGAUAAAAAAAAACCAACAGACAGAAUUUUUCUCCGGUGCACCUAUAUCUUCAAUUCCUUUUCCCAUACUUUUUUAGUUC